CGUGCGGCGGCCCCCCCCUCUGGACGGGGAGCCGGUGGGAGAGGACGACGGCCGUCGGGGGGAGGAGGCGGCCCUAGCGCCAUUUUGUGGGAGCGAAGCGGUAACUGGGUGGUUGCCCCUGGAUCCCUGGCUGCCUGAGUUUCCCUGUCGGGCCUCCUGUCAGCGGCGUAGCGGGGACCGUAGAAGAUGUCUGAAUAUAUUCGGGUCACGGAAGAUGAAAACGACGAGCCCAUUGAGAUACCGUCAGAAGACGAUGGGACGGUGCUGCUGUCCACGGUCACGGCCCAGUUCCCGGGGGCGUGUGGGCUGCGCUACCGGAACCCCGUGUCCCAGUGCAUGCGAGGCGUCCGGCUGGUGGAGGGGAUCCUGCACGCCCCAGACAACGGCUGGGGGAAUCUGGUGUACGUUGUCAACUAUCCCAAAGAUAACAAGAGAAAAAUGGAUGAGACGGACGCCUCAUCGGCGGUGAAGGUGAAGAGGGCCGUCCAGAAGACCUCCGACCUGAUAGUGCUGGGCCUCCCGUGGAAGACCACCGAGCAGGACCUGAAGGAGUACUUCAGCACCUUCGGGGAGGUGCUCAUGGUCCAGGUCAAGAAAGAUAUUAAAACCGGUCAUUCAAAAGGGUUUGGCUUUGUUCGAUUCACGGAAUACGAAACCCAGGUGAAAGUGAUGUCACAGCGACAUAUGAUAGACGGACGGUGGUGUGACUGCAAACUUCCCAAUUCCAAGCAAAGCCCAGACGAGCCCCUGAGAAGCAGAAAGGUGUUCGUCGGGCGUUGCACGGAGGACAUGACCGCUGACGAGUUGCGGCAGUUCUUUUGCCAGUACGGGGAAGUGGUGGACGUCUUCAUUCCCAAGCCGUUCAGGGCUUUUGCCUUUGUUACGUUUGCAGAUGAUCAGGUUGCCCAGUCUCUUUGUGGAGAGGACUUGAUCAUUAAAGGAAUCAGCGUACACAUAUCCAAUGCUGAACCUAAGCACAAUAGCAAUAGACAGUUAGAAAGAAGUGGAAGAUUUGGUGGUAAUCCGGGUGGCUUUGGGAAUCAGGGUGGCUUUGGUAACAGCAGAGGGGGUGGAGCUGGCUUGGGAAACAAUCAGGGUAGUAACAUGGGUGGAGGGAUGAACUUCGGAGCUUUUAGCAUUAACCCAGCGAUGAUGGCCGCAGCCCAGGCAGCCCUGCAGAGCAGCUGGGGCAUGAUGGGCAUGUUAGCUAGUCAGCAGAACCAGUCGGGCCCGUCAGGCAAUAAUCAGAGCCAAGGCAACAUGCAGAGGGAGCCAAAUCAGGCCUUUGGGUCUGGAAAUAACUCUUAUAGUGGUUCUAAUUCAGGUGCAGCAAUUGGUUGGGGGUCAGCUUCAAAUGCAGGGUCAGGCAGUGGUUUUAACGGAGGCUUCGGCUCAAGCAUGGAUUCUAAACCUUCUAGCUGGGGAAUGUAGGCAGCGGGUGACGGUUGUACAGACUGGUGGGAAUUCAAAUUUUUCUAAACUCAUGGUAAGUAUAUUGUAAAAUACAUAUGUACUGAGAAUUUUCAAAAUUUGGUGGUUCAGUGUGGAGUAUAUUCAGCAGUAUUUUUGACAUUUUUCUUUAGAAAAAGAGGAAGAGCUAAAGGAAUUUUAUAAGUUUUGUUACAUAAAGGGUUGCAAUAUUGAGUGUUUGAAAGUGAACUGCUGUUUGCCUGAUGGGUAAACCAACACACUACAAUUGAUAUCAAAAGGUUUCUCCUGUAAUAUUUUAUCCCUGGACUCGUCAAGUGAAUUCUUUGCAUGUUCAAAAUGGAAACCAUUAAUUAGAACUACAUUCUUUUCUGCUCGUUUUAAUUUGAACCCCACCACAUGGAUUUUUCCUUAGGAAUGUCUCCUUUUUGGAGAUCACAGUGUCCCAGUGUUUGGUUCUUUCGUUUUUGUUUUUAACACUUGUCUCCCUUCAUAUGCAAAAGUACAAUAUGAAGCCUUCAUUUAAUCUCUGCAGUUCAUCUCAUUUCAAAUGUUUAUGGAAGAAGCACUUCAUUGAAAGUAGUGCUGUAAAUACUCUGCCAUAGGAAUACUUCUGUCCACAUGCUUUCUCAUUCAAGAUUUGGUCAUCACACUGCACGGGCCGCGUCUCUGACGGUGGGUGUCCCAUUUUUAUCCGCUACUCUUUAUUUCAUGGAGUCGUAUCAACGCUGUGCACGCAAGGCUGUGAUAUGGAACCAGAAGGCUGUCUGCACUUCUGAAACCUUGUGUGGGAUUGAUGGUGGUGCCGAGGCAUGAAAGGCGAGUAUGAGCGAGGAAAGGCGAGAGCGCGUGCGCAGACGGUGGUGCAAAAUGGAUAUUUUUUAUCUUGGCGCGAUGUGUCUCUCCAUCCUGUGGCUUUGGUGAGAGAGUGUGCGGAGAGCAAUGAUAGCAGAUAACGUACGAAUGUUUCUUGCAUUCAAAGGACAUGCACAUCUGCUGGAAGACUUUAAGUGCGUUUUGUUCUUAGAUGACCCACGCUAGUUGAAUGUGUUAAGUGAAACGAUACUUGUAUUUCCCCUACCCCUUUGUCAACUGCUGUGAAUGCUGUAUGGUGUGUGUUCUCCUCUGUCACUGACCUGUAAGUGUGGUAAUGUGAACUGAAGCUGGUGGGCUGAGAACAUGGACUGAGCUUGUGGUGUGCUUUGCAGGAGUACUUGGAAGCAGAGUGCACCAGGGAGCUGGGGGUGUCUCAAAGAAGGGUGGAAGCUCCAAUGUCUGUUAGCUGCCCCUAAGAAUGCUGUUUGCUGCAGUUCUGUGUCCUGUGCUUGGAUGCUUUUAUAAGAGUUGUCAAUAUUGGAAAUUCCUAAAUAAAACUGAUUUAAAUAA